AUGGAAUCGCCAGCCUCAGCCGAUUCGGAUCCGCAGCAAGAUCUGGAACUUUGCUGCCAGAUUUGCGGAGUUAGCUUUAAUAUCAGUCGUAUUCGUCACGCUAACGAGCCGUUCAGUGCAUCGUGGUGCGGCAAGGAUGAAGGAGACUGGAUUGGUGAACGGUUCCUGGCACCUUCGUAUAUCCUCGCAACACCUGCGUCCCUUGAGUCCUGUCAGGGCUGCGUUUCAGUCGCGCGAAUGAGAACGGUUGAUGGAGAUGCCGUGGAUGAUUGUGGCAGCGAAUAUGUUUAUGAGAGCGACGAGUCGUCGGAGCCAUACGAGAACGUGACGCCUCCAGAGUCGUUGGGUGAAAGCGGUCAGCCGGAAGAGCCAGGCCUUGGCCAGCCGCAAGAAAGGAAUCUAACCUCACCAGAAUUGGGCGAGGCAGACUUUGACCGAAGCUCGACUGCAUCGUCGGACUACUGGCAUUUCAUCUCGUCUCUAGGCUCACCGGACGACCCGAUCUUGGAGAAGCCUAACCCAAGUCUAGAUGACUUGAAACGCUCCAGUCUUAAUGGUGUGGAACACGUAGCCGCCGUGGGGUGUCGGAGCACGGAAGGAUACAAUGGCCACAAUAUUUCGGCCGAGGAGAUGAGGGCAUGCACAACCGCCCAAUUCCUCGUUCCCAAGCUUUGCCUACAUGGUGCCCCUUGGAAUUCCGAGCCGGAUGAUGCCGAUUUCGAGGUCAAGCCGAACCUUUCGGAGGUUACCUCAAUCCUUCUUUCGGGAGCAGCUUAUACACGACAUGCCUUGGCUCUGGGAAUGCUGGUGUGA